UCAGUUGGAUUUUAUCCCCUAAGCUUUACUGUUUUCUUAAAUGAUGUGCCUUGAAAUUCUCUAUAAAAAAAAAAUGCUAAACAUUUUUUUAUAUAUCGUAAAGAUAAAAGAAUAUAGAAGAAAUACUGUAAAGGUUCAGUCUUGUUUUCUUUUAUCGAUUUUUCCCGAAACCAAUAUUUUUCAACUGCAGUUUUGGUAUAGUUAGGAAAACGUUUAUAACGCGGCUAAAAUCAAAUAUUUUGAGGUCGAAUUUGCUGUAUAAUAAAAUAAAAUAAUUCUUCUGUUGCAUCCUUACAGGGUAAAUUCAAUAUUUUCUCUUCUUUUCCUGUGUCACUGCGAAAAAAACAAUACUCCUCUUUUUUCGAUAAAUUUUAGUAGUAGUAGUAGUUUUGUGCCAGAAAAACAAGUUUAAAUCAAACCUCUGAUCAACGAAAAGUAUGACGACAGUUCGGAACACCAGAACUUACGUUUUGAUUCCACUCUGACGUAUGGUACUGUGUUCAAAAUAAAUUUUGUUUUUCUUGUCUUUUGGGUUGCAAAGUAAUCAAGAUUGAAACUUCACAGUAUUUCUUCUAUAUUCUUUUAUCUUUACGAUAUAUAAAAAAAUGUUUAGCGAAUUUAUAGAGAAUUUCAUGGCACAUCAUUUAAGAAAACAGUAAAGCUUAGGGGAUAAAAUCCAACUAAGAUAUGAGCCAAACACUAAGUAACCGAUUUAUUCUGCACCAUCCGUUAGUUGUACAAGACUUGGCAGUGGGAACGGCUAAUGAAUAGUAGAACUUGAUAUUAUUUACGAGUUUCUCCGCUAAAAAUAUCCUAUAAAAUCAUACUUUUACAUCUUUUUCAGUUACAAAUAACAGAUUUUGAAAAUGCUGCAUUAUCCGUCUUUUUAAUUUUAUUAACACGAACAAUAGUAACAUAUGAAUUAAAUUUAUUAAUACCAAUAUCAAAAGUUGAUGAAAAUAUGCAGAAUGCACAAAAACGUGAUGCCAUUCAUACAGAAAAAUUUUAUUUUCGACGUAAAAUAUCAAGAACCGGUUAUGUCGGUAAAUAA